AUUGGAGCAGCGGCGGCGGAGGAGUACCAGCGUGCGGCUGCUGAGAGCGCGAGCGCGUUUGUUGCGUUGGCGGAUUGAUCCGUGCUAGUGUGUGCUGCGGCUAAGCUGAGAGCUGCGAUCAGUGAGGUACCUCUAACGGAGCCAUCCUCAGGAAAAUAGCGAGAAAACACCACAGCGGUCCACGAAAUAAGCUGCUUCGUCCACCCAAAGCCCCCUGCACCCCAUUCUUCACGGAGAGACAUUUAACAUGCUUGAAACAAGGGGCCUCGUCUGGACGGUGCUUUUCUUUGGUUAUGCAGUCUCCCUGCAGGUGGAGAUCAUGCCACCCCAUGGAGAGAUCAGCGUCGGAGAAUCCAAGUUCUUUUUGUGCGAAGUGGUUGGUGAAGUUAAGGAGAUAGAUUGGUUUGCUCCCAAUGGAGAGAAGCUGCUGCCAAACAGGCAGAACAUCAGUGUGAGCCGCAACGAUGAGGCAUCGUCCACGCUCACCAUCUACAGUGCCACUGUGGACAAUGCUGGCAUCUACAAGUGUGUGGCCAAGAAUGGGGAUAAGGAGACCCAAGCCACAGUCAAUGUUAAAAUCUACCAAAAACUCACUUUCCAGAGUGCUCCAACUCCUCAAGAGUUCAAUGAGGGGGAUGAUGCUGAUAUUGUCUGUGAUGUCAUUAGCUCCCCACCACCUACCAUCAUCUGGAAGUACCAGAGGACCAAGAUUCAGCCAGAGAAAGAUGUGCGCUUCAAGGUCCUGAGCAACAACCACCUCCAGAUCCGCGGCAUCAAGAAGACGGAUGAGGGAGACUACACCUGCGAGGGCCGCAUCAUGGCCCGGGGAGAGAUCGACUUCAGGGUCAUCAGGGUCAUCGUCAAUGUUCUGCCCACUAUCAGGACCCGUUAUGCUGAGCUCAAUGCCACUGCGGAUAUCGGGCAGGCUGUGACACUAGCAUGCUAUGCUGAUGGCUACCCAGAGCCCACUGUUACAUGGACACAUAAUAAUGUGGUGCUGGUGCCCGAUGAAAAGUACAGUCUGAAUGAAGAUGGCUCAGAACUGACCAUCAAAGACGUGAAGAAAGUGGACGAGGGAGAUUACUUCUGCAUCGCCCGCAACAAAGCAGGAGCAAAAGAAGAGGAGGUCAGCCUCAAUGUGUUUGUGCAACCCAAAAUCACAUACCUGGAGAACCAGACGGCUUCAGAGCUGGAGGAACAGAUAACGCUGACCUGCGAGGCCACGGGGGACCCCACCCCCAGCAUCGUGUGGAGCUUCGGCCGACGCGUUUUCAGUGAAGGAGAGCAGGCUUCUUGGACUCGACCUGAGAAACACAAGAGUCUGGAUGGUAACGUGGUGGUCCGCAGUGAUGCACGUGUGUCCUCCCUCACGCUGAAGUAUGUGCAGUUCACUGAUGCCGGCCAGUACCUCUGCACCGCCCGCAACUCCAUCGGACAGGACAUCCAGAGCAUGUACCUGGAAGUGCGCUAUGCUCCAAAGAUCCAGGGUGCAGUAACGGUGUACACCUGGGAAGGAAAUGCUGCUAACAUCUCCUGCGAGGUUCUGGCUCACCCUGGUGCCUCUGUGCUGUGGUUCCGUGAUGGCCAGCAGCUGCCUGGUGUGAACACAACCAACAUUAAAAUCUACAACACUCCUGCAGUCAGCUACCUAGAGGUCACUCCAGAAUCCCAGAGUGACUUUGGCAGCUACAACUGCACGGCCACCAACAUAAUCGGCACCGAGUCCAAGGAGUUCCUGUUGAUCCAAGCAGAGGUGCCGUCAGCUCCCUCUAUUGAGCGGGUGACCCCUUACCCCAGCACAGCACAAGUGGAGUUUGAUGAGUCGGACUCUAGCGGAGGUGUGCCCAUCCUCAAGUACAAGGCUGAGUGGAGGGUGGCGGGCCAAGACUGGAUUAGCAAGGAGUACGAUGUAGAAGAUGGUCUCAACCUCAUCACCAUUGUGGGGCUCAAGCCAGAGACCAAAUACGAGGUCAAGAUGUCCGCCAUCAACGGCAAGGGUGAAGGAGACAGCUGUCCUCCAGAGACUUUUAAAACACAGCCUGUCAGCUAUACUUUCACAAUGUCUUCAGUGACUCCAACCCCAAAUCCUCCAACCACCACAGUCCUUAAAGGGGAACCCAACCCUCCUAAACUGGAAGCCAAGCUGCAAUCCACAGGCAAUGAACUGAAGGUCAACUGGAUCAAGCAGGAUGAUGGGGGCUCACCCAUCAAGCACUACCUAGUGCGCUUUAGAGCUAAGCAUCGUUCAGAGUGGAAGCCAGAGAUCCGCCUGCCUAAUGGCAGCGAGUAUGUGGUGCUGAGGGGUCUGGACUGGAACACAGAGUACGAAGUUUAUGUGGUGGCGGAAAACCAGCAUGGCCGUUCCCAACCUGGCAUCCUCUCCUUCAGGACCUCCCCAGAGCCCACUGCAAUUCCAGACACAGUGGCCAGCGGUUCCGGCUUGGGUACAGGAGCUAUCGUGGGCAUCCUCAUUGUGGUCUUUCUCCUGCUGCUCUUUGGUGUGGACGUCACAUGCUACUUCCUCAACAAGUGCGGCCUCCUCAUGUGCAUUGCUGUCAACUUCUGCGGCAAGUCUGGGCCCACCACCAAGGGCAAGGACGUAGAGGAGGGCAAAGCGGCCUUUACGAAGGAUGAGUCCAAAGAGCCGAUAGUAGAGGUGAGGACAGAGGAGGAGCGCACCCCCAACCACGAGGGAGGAGGCCCCACUGAACCCAAUGAGACUACUCCUCUUACCGACCCUGAGCAUGCUGCUGACACUACAGCCACAGUAGUGGAUUUGCUCCCCUCUUUAGCCUCUAACUCAGAGGCAGUCACUGACAGCCCUGCUAGUGAAAGCACCACCCUUACCUCCAGCACUGCCCCCAGUGCAUCUGAGCCCAAAGCAGCCCCUCAGUCUAGCACCCCAAAAACCAACGUCACCUCUCCUACCUCCCCCGCUGCUGCUGUGGCUCCGCUGGUGGACCUGAGCGAUGGCCCUUCCACUCACACUGCUAAACCCUCAGAAGCCCUAAAACCGGCCCCCUUGUCUGACCCCAAAGCCGACUCAGUUCAGAGCGCUGGGGCCAAAAGCCCAGCGGAGCCGGUCCAAAGCCCCCCAACAGCUACGGACUCCAAGCAGGUAGACGGAGGGGCCCUCCAGUCGUCAAACACUGAUGUGGCCCAGGACGCAUUUGACACGCUGCGCACGCCCUCCUCUGACUCCACCACCGCACAGCCCGCACCCAGUCAGGACGACGGUAAGAUUGUUGCAGAUGAGAAGAGUAAAUCGGAGGACACGGAGGUGAAGAAGCUCCCGGCAGAGGUGAAGACAGUGCCCAAUGAAGCCCCUCAGACAAACGGCAAUGAGAGCAAAGCGUGAUCCAGUACCCUAGGGCCUCCGAGCAUCACCGCCACAUCAAAACAACAAAAAAAGUCUUGAUUCUUUCUUCAGUGUCUUCUAUGAGUUUGCAGAACAAAAAAAGAUGAGUUUGUAGAUGUAUAGAGCGCCUAAAGAACUCGUGCACAUGCCUUUGUUUUUUUUUUUGGUUUGUUUGUUUUCUCAUUUUUCUUUCCUUAUACGUUUAGUUUCUCUGUGUUCACACACAAUGCGAAGGAAAGUUCCUUUACCUUUAGUGCACUCUACCUGACCUCCUCUGUCUGUGGUCUCUCCAGUCAGCAUCACCUGCCUUUCACUCAGAACAGCAGCUCGAUAUCAGUGGGAAUAGUUAAGAAUGGGGAACUGUAGCUUUAUUCCUCAAUAAUGCCUUUUUUGCGUUGUACACAAACACAUACACAGGCAUGUAGACUGUCUUUACCUAUGCUCUUUCACUUAUGUACAUGCAGUAUUGCUGUGUUUCAUUAUUUUGCGCCACGUAUGGAUUUUGGGGAACAUUUCUUAAGCUUUUCUUGUGUUUAAAUAAUGUACAAAAGUAACUGCCUUUUAUUUUAUGUUUAUUUUUUGACUGUUUAUUUUAGAUUGUUUCGCAUGCUUGCUUUGCAUUUUUUUCUCAUAAAGCCCUUUUUUUAUUGUUUUCAUUACGGCCCUUAGUGUUUACAUCUUUUACGUUUGUAUUCCCCUUAUGAACACAGAGCUUGCUUUCUUCUUUAAAAAAAAAACAAACACAGCUAAAAGGCUUCAUACCAGGUGCCACCCUACAAGUCAGAGUUGGCUUUUGGGUCAGACAAUUACCACUGGUUUUUAUCUUCUAUAGCAACACCUACUUAUCUCAUUCCCCCUCUUUGUUUCUUUUUUGUUCACUUCACAAGCCUGUUUAUUUUAGGUUGACAGAAAGGGAGCUCCCCUGCUGUGAACAUAGUGAGGUGAGAGCUCCUCCCCGCAUUUCACUCUGUAAUAGAACCAAAACAGAGCUUUUUGAGAGGGAUCAAAAUCUCCUAAAGGGUACGAGCCCACCGCUGUGUUGAGGCACAGCUACGAUGGCCACACAUGCUCAAGUGGGCCAGUUGUUGACUUAAAACAUGAGUGUGCACACCACCGUGCGUUCAGCAGCUCUUGUACCUGUCCCUGUAUUUGCUUCAGCCUGCAUCAUUGAUAAACAGUGCCUCCAAUGGGCAGCUGCAGCAGAUGUGCCCCAUUUAAAUAUUAGCAGCAAUGAAGAAGAUGAAAAAAGACAUUUAGGGUUUUUUAUGCAUUAAAUAAAUGAAUGGCCAAAUUAUUUUUAUUAUUUUCUUUAUUUAAGCCAUAGUACUCCAGUGAGGAUAACGAAGAGUCGGGGGGGGGGGGUGAUCUUUGAUUUGUACAGUGUUUUUCAUUCUUUAGUCUGCAAGCUUGUGCACUGUGAAUGCGUGAAUAACCUAGUGUGAAUACAACGUGUUCUUUGUCAUAGACUUGAAACAAAUAUCCAUAGGUUGUGAAAAGUGUAGCUAUUAGUUCAGAUAAUGUUCCAUCUCGGUAAAAUAAAGGAAAAAAUAAAUAAAUAAAAAAAGUCAGCAACGAUAUACAGGCGACAGGAAAAAACAGGUGAAACUCAAAGAUAAAAAGGAGAAGGUGCCUUCAAACUUAAACAGCCUCUCUGAAGCAGGCCUGUAGUCUGAGCAUUCAGUGCCUGCCUUUACUGAAACUCUGGAGGAGCAGCGAAAAGGUAGUUUGGGAAUAGAAGCCUACUUUGUCUUUGGACGACUAUUCUGAGGACGUGUGAAACGGUUCGGGUCUGUAAACUGUGAAAUAUAAUUGUUUCUUUGCUCAGUGUGUUGUGUUGUCGCAUAUGUUUUGGGGAGUACGUGAGCGUGAUGACUUUUAGCCGCAUACUCCAGACCUUGCCUCUUUUUAACUGAUGCAAAAUAAGACCAUUUGUUCACCCUCAGAAAUGUUACUGUGGGAAGCCCACCAUUACCAAAUGAUGCAGCCUCUAAACUAAACUUGACUUUGAUUGGCCAGAAGUCCUCUGCAUCAUCAGCAUUGCUGUGAAUCAAUCCAGACUAUAACCAUGUCUGUUAAAAGGCUAUUUUUUCAAUCUGAAAUGAGCAUGCACUGUAUUCUAAACUAGAUGUCGUAGGUGUCAAGGUUUGCCAUUAAAUUGUUAAAUGAACAGCAGUGACAAAGGCUUUCUUUGUUGUGUAUGAAUCUCUUUGAGUGUUCUGUCCAAUGUGGUCUGUUUCUUGUCACUUUGGUUUUAUUUGUCCUUUUUUUUCUCUCAUUCUUUCUUUUGUUUCUUACGUGAUUGACAUUAUGCGUGGCAGGAUUCUGGUAUGUGAUGAAACCAGAAACAGAGGCUUGUACUAACACUCUGCCAAAAAGGCACACAAAGAAUUCCUUGUGACAUCAUGAGCUCUCAUUAUGGGUUUUUCUCAUUGAAGAAGUAGAAAACAAAAACAAAAAAAAGAGAAAAAAAUGGAAAAAAGCGCUGGAGAUUGCUGUGGCUUUUGACGCAUUGUUCGACUGCCAUUCAAUGUGGGACCAAUUCCUAUGUGAGUUUACAUGCAAGUUGUUUACCGCUGUGUCCGUGCCAUCCAAACUUAUUUUUAAGGAUGAAAGUGUGUUCAGACAUCAAACAAUGCAUAAAGAUUGUUUCAGACGGCGUCUAGAGCUCGUCCUCUGAGCCAAAACAAAUGAGUCUGUAGCUAAAGCUCUCCGUCGGACGGGAGCUGACUCACCCGUUCGCUUGCUCACUCCAUCCAUCACAGCUCUCCUCCCAAAACCCUCCUUACAAACUCAUCCAUCCAUCCAUCCAUCCAUCCAUUCUCAGCUGCAGGGGCCUUCUCACUCUUGUAUACAAAAUUUUUAUGAAGUCUCAAGCAUUGGUACCACCUCUCCUCUCCUCACUGUCACUGGUGUAAAUACUGAGUACUAACCGAAACCAUUUUGACUUCUCAUUCUGUCCGAAAAUUCUUGUGUUCAAUAAAAUGGGAAACAAUA